ACAUUGAAAUUACCUGUGCACUGACGUUCGCUGUAUUUGCUCAGACUUAUCCGGAAUUUAGGGUCUGCUCUAUCACCAUCGUCUUCAUCUCUCCCAUCCCUAACCUUCGGAUCAGGUCUGAGCAUCCAAGUUUCGAGAUUUGUGUGUGCUUGUUGUUUUCCACUACUCAACCAAGUUUCAUGUCUGAUCUCGACGCCCAAAUUCCUACUGCUUUUGAUCCCUUUGCCGAGGCAAAUGCUGAUAAUUCUGGGGCUGGGUCAAAAGAUUACGUGCACAUCCGUAUACAACAAAGGAAUGGUAGGAAAAGCCUGACAACUGUGCAGGGGUUGAAGAAAGAAUUCAGCUACAACAAGAUACUGAAGGAUCUCAAGAAAGACUUUUGCUGCAAUGGUACUGUUGUCCAGGAUCCAGAAUUAGGCCAGGUUAUUCAACUUCAGGGUGACCAGCGUAAGAAUGUUUCUGCAUUUCUUGUCCAGGCUGGAAUCGUGAAGAAAGAGCACAUCAAAAUUCACGGUUUCUGAUUGCUAUCAUCAACCUCGCUGCACAGUUAUCAUACUUGUUAUGUCAGUGCCAGAGAUGCUAUCCAAACUUGGUUCUACUGGAACUUGCUAGUGUCUAAUUUCUGCUGGUUUGAUAUAAAUACUGUAUUGCUUGCUUCUCUAUGUUCUGUAUGUUGAAUAUGAGUUAUGCUAUAUUUUCAAGCACAAGCACUUCACGGAGUAGUGAUGAUCUAAUUAAGUGCUCAAGAGAUAUGAUCCUUUAUCAUCUUUGAA